GGCCGUCCUCAGUCAGAAAUCAUAUCACGGUCUGGUGAAGUCUUGGUUCUGGAUCGGGUAGGAGAAGCAUCAAGUUUUCUGAGCUGUCCCCCGGCUCAUAUCACCUCGUACCGAACGUUGCCAUUACCAUCGUUCCCCUGACUUAGUGUAGAAAAGCAUGCAUCAAUUAUGAUUCAGGGGACUACGUCGAUUACAACACUGCAAAAGCUGUGCGACUCGCUCUUCAAGUCCCACCUCCCGCGAUUUAUCAAUUGCCGCCUUGAACUGCCAUCCUCUGCCCAUCCUGUUGCAGCGAUUCAACUAAAAAGGUCAGCUUUGCACGUUGUGUACAACAUCCAGGCAUCCGGCCUGGUGCCGCACGAACUAGAAAAUAUGGACAUGUCGCCAGAAGCUCUACAACUUGUAUGCCCUUGGAAUUCAAAGUUAAUUGGUCCAUCCGCCAGGCUAGACCCCAUCACUGCGCAACAGCUGCUCUUAAUACUGGGGCAGCCCUUUAGUGCUCUUUUGUUGGCCGAGCUGCCUCACAGCGAGUAUGAAAGGACCGCAUCUUCCACCACUAUCGCACAGCCCAUACGCUCCAGAAACUCGUCGCACCGAAAAAAGUCGAGUUCUUCAACAAAAACUGGAUUCCCAUUGGAACCAAGCGGCGCCUCACUCCCACGUUGACGAACAUCACGAGAUUCCACGCGAAGUUUCGGAUAGGGGUCAUUGCAAAAUAGGCACCAACAAGCCGGGUUUUGUAACCAACCUGCAACUCGUUUCUCAUAUCCUCCUAUAGGCUUUGCAUAUGACGCCACUGUUAGCUACUUGUAGCAUCACCCCGCAAGUGUCUCUAGCACAGUCUGUGGCUCAGAAGAGAGGCCUAUUAUUCCUCGGCUGACUAAGUUAUACAUGACCGAGCCAUGCCACCCAAGUUUGUCCCGAGAUAACUCAGUGCUUUCGAUGAGAAAAGUAUAAUUACCGUACCA